AUGAAGACAAUACUCCAGGUGGGGCCCGCGCAGUUCGUCAUCGAAGGCGCGACUUUCCUCCUCCUCUGCGUGGAUAUUCGGCAAACACUAGCGGCGAUCGUGAAGCUGCAGGAGUGCAGCAUCUCCCUCAAGCUGCACGUCGACGAGCUGGAAACACGUCUGGCAGAGGAUGCGCGCCGACUGAGAGCAGCCGGGGUAGCGCUGCCCGAAGCGCUGCCCGGCGAUGACGAUGACGGCGACGACACCACUGCGGGAGGCUCGCUGCUCUCUCGCGUAGGCGCCGCUUCUCGGUCGUCAUGGCAGCGGCGCGCAUACAUAAGAUCGGCGGCGCCCAUGCCACGGUACGUGUGCCCCACAACUGGCCAGCGACACCCUGUCUUUCACAGAGGACCGCUCUUCAUAUUCUCCGAAGCGUCCUUCGAUGCAGCGGAGGCGGUGGUGCAGCGCCUGCAGGCGCGCCUGCUGGAGCAGCGCCUCCUGCUAGACGAGAUGGACCUGCAGGCGCUGUGCAGCGGCGGUGACGACAGUAUGGUCUCCGACGCGCCGACGCGUGUGUUGCCGCUCCCCAUUAUGGAGCUUGACACGUACUUGUCCACGUCCGCCAAUGUGAUGCCGGCGUACGACGCGGAAGGAAAUCGCCGCCGUUGCUCCACGACAGUAGUAGGAACAUCCGCGGCUCGGCGGUAUUGA